AUGGAUAACCUCAAAGAAGAGUACCGGCUCUCCUACCGCCGCAUGCAAGACCCGCCGGAGCCGGCGCUCGCCACGGAACAGGUGCUGUUGCAGAGUCAAAGCACCGGAUUCUGUGGUUCCAGCUGGGCGCUGGAGGUACUCAGUAGCGUCGUCGCCGUAGCUGCUCUCGUCGCCAUCAUCGCCGUGCUGUAUGUCUACGACGGUAAAGCUAUGCCCGACUGGCCGUAUGGCAUCACUCUCAAUGCUCUGAUUUCACUACUGAGCACCGUCAUGAAGGCGGCUAUGGCAUUCCCCAUCACCGAAGCCUUGUCACAACUGAAAUGGUCAUGGUUCAACCGGGGCAAUAAGUUGAGCGAUUUGUCCGCGCUGGACGCCGCCAGCCGCGGGGCCAUUGGCGCGUUCAUGGUUCUGUUUCGCUUUCUACCUCGCCAUCUGGUAUCCAUUGGGUGCCUUAUCCUGGUCGUAGCGGCAGCCAUUGCGCCGUUUGUGCAACAAGUCAUCGCUAUCAACCUCCGACCAGUCCCCUCUUCCGACCCAUCCUCCAUUCAAGUCUGUAACUCUAGCACAUUUACCGACUACGGCGAAGGUGCCGGUCCCGGCAUGAACGUGGUGCCCCUCUCCACGGCCGGGGCCAUCUACACGGGACUCUUCCAAAGCGCUAGCCCCCACAGCAACGCCGUUACCAUGUCUUGUCCCACUGGUAAUUGCACCUUCAACCUCUACCAGUCUCUCGGCAUCUGCACGCGAUGUGCCAAUAUCACGGACAAGCUCGCAAAUUCCUCGGAGUCGUUCGGCAGCCUCACCAAUUACGACUACAAGCUUCCAAAUGGGCUGCACUUUCAAACCGCCAUGAACAUGAUGUACCUGAUGAAUGGCACGGUUGACCUGCCUCUUCUGCGAGUGGAAACCGGCGGCGUUCCCUCCAUUCUUAAUUUCACAGCCAUCGCGGCGGCCGGGUAUGGGGUUCCGCCGUCUGUCAGCGCCACAGAAUGUGCCUUGUACUUCUGCGUCAAUACGUUCAAUUCUUCGGUGACUCAGGGUGCGUUUAAUGAGACCCGCGUAUCCACGCGGACCUCGUCCAAUGCCACCACGUCAGCUAUUACGGAGGAUCUUUUCUUAACCCCGGACAACUGCUACAAGAACGGCACCAGGCAUCAGUCGGCCGACGACUGCACCUACCACGUCAGCUGGCUCAGCGGGCUCGCGUUGUCCAACUCCCUCCGGCCGCUCCUCCAUGGGAACGGAUCGCUGUUCAUCAGCAACCGCCCGAGUUGGUCGUCCGACACGCUCAAGGCCGUCUACGGCAUCCAGGGCAAUUACACGGACGUGAGCUCGGUCUUCCACUCUCUUUCUUCGGCACUAACCACCCACGCCCGGUCCAAGGUAUGCCACGCCUUCGUCACGGGCAAGACGUGGACGAUGGAAUCCUUCGUGCAGGUGCGGUGGCCGUGGAUGGCGCUGCCCAUCGCGCUCGUGGUGCUGGGAUUUGUUUUCCUGAUCGUGACGAUCGUCAAAACCAAGAACCAGUACAUCUGGAAGUCCUCGCCGCUGGCCCUCCUGUUCUCGGACCUCAGCGUGGAUGCGCCGCAGUCAAUUCGGGCCAGUCCCAGCUUGAGCGGAAUGGAGGAUACGUCCAAGAAGAUGAAUGUAUGGUUGGAGACGACGAACUCCGGAGUGCGGCUGAAGGGGAUUCUAGGCUGA